GUUGGUCCAGCUGGAAGGGAGCAGGGGACGCUUAAAUUGUGAAACAAUUUUCCUGGAUAGAGUUACUCAGCAUUUAGGAGAAAAUAGAUUGAGUAUAGAGGCCGGAAAGAUGUCAGACUGAAAGCUUUUCCUCUUCCGAAGCGGUUUAAUCCUUAAAAAGAGAAGAAAAAUACAAUCUAGAAUGCUUCAGUUUGGAAAUCUCUUUGCCCAUUUUCACCUUCCCCACAAAGCUUCAGAAAGUGCUCAAAAACAAAGCUUAAAGCAGCUUCCAAGCCUUCCAGACUUUUUGCAACAUGUCUUGAAACUCACCGGGCUAAGGAAGGAAGAUGUACACUGCAAUCUUCGUGUCCCUGACCAGCAUCAAGCUCUCAAAGAUGACAUCAACAUGGUCAUCCUGACAGGUCAUGGGAUCUUCUGCAUGGAUGUAAAGCCCUGGAGAGGGACAGUGUGUGCUCACAACCAAAACUGGCAUGUGCAAGUGAAAGACAAAGACGAGAAUUUUACCAAUACUCACAUUGAACAGGUUGAAGAUCCCCUCAAAGCUGUCACGCGCAAAACAGCUCAAUUAUGCAGUCAUUUGAAGAGGAGCGGAGUGCCUGUACGCAACAGUCUCUUCUUCCCCAGAGUCAUCUUUCUCUCCCCCGACCUCAAGCUGGAUGAGGAGCUGAUGAAGAGAAGGGAGCUGGUACCUUACAGCCAGAUAGAUGAGUUCCUCAAAUCUUUCAAAGAGGGCUAUAUGGGCUGGAUAUCUGAUGCUUUGACUCCCUCCUGGAUCUCAGGUCAUCUGUCAUACAGGCAGAUGGAGUCGGUGCAAGGCAUCCUCAGGAAGAUGGGAACGUGGGACCUGGUGCUUUUGCAUGGUGGUGAGCAACUGAAAGGAGACUAUCAGGGCUGCCAGUACAUCGCGCUGGACCGCCAAGACACUGAGACUUUGGAGUUUUCCAGAGUCAAGACCCUCGCUGCUGAGUCAUUGUGGGCUUUGUUAGGCCACGUUCCUCAGGAGAACGGUGCAUACAGAGAGAGGAAUCUUUGGCCAGUCCUCAUUGUACAAUCUCACAAGGUAACUGUUAAAAUGUAUAAACGAGGUCCUCACGGCUGGCUGGGUAAAUCCCUGAAUGCCACCGCCAUCAUCCCUUCCAACACCUUUGUGAUCUUCAGAGUUAGUGGCGAGGAAUCUGAUGCCAAAAUCCCAGCGAACACUAUUCACAGCAUCACACUUAGCAUAUGACACGGUGGAGACGAUCAAAGGAUUAAUGGAAGCUUUCUGAAUGAAUAACGCAAAAAAACAAACCAAAAAACAUGUUUUUUAUGAAUGAAUGUUUCUCUAUGCAGAUAUGGCACUUUGUUGUGUGUUGCUAACAUAUUCCAUAUGUCUUUGUGUGAGCGCACUUUGAAAAAGAGCCCAUUUGCAAUUUUUUCUGCUUAAUUCUGAGAGUGAACAGGAUGUUAAUGAGAUUUUUGACAAUUAGCCUGAUUAACUUUGUCGUGUUUUGAAUUUCCAGGGCCGACCCCCACUUUGCGCGAGCUGUUAAUUAACCAUUAUUCCUGCCGACUGGGUCACAUCAGUUUGAGCAGUGAGUGUUUAAUGUGCUAAUCGUGGCUGUUAAAACGGGUGGCCUCCGGCUCAAUGAGGAUCCAGGAUGUCAAUGUUUCAGUGGGUUUUAUAGGAAGUUAUUUACAGACUGUUUAGAGAAAGUAAAUGUUUUUGAUAUCUUAAUGUGCUCCACUGCUCAGAGGAGACUGUGCGGUUCCAUGGUUUUAUUUUGUCGGCAUGGGAGAGGGAAAGAAUUGUGAUAUGGUUACCUCAAGAUACUACAGUAAAAUGAACUUUCAGUGGUGAUGGGAUCCCCUUUAGCUAAAGCCUAUCUAUACUUGUGCAGAAUUUUUAAUGUGUUAUCUGAGGGAGAGUUUGAAAAGCAAAACCACUUAUUUGCAUGGAUUUAGUCUUGGCAUUGGGCAAUUGAAAACAUUGAGGUAAACCAAAGCUUUUAUUAGUUACUGUAUAAAACUGCUAAAAUGUUCCUUUGGUUUAAAGUCCUUUUUAUGUCUUUCUCUAAAGCAAUAGUUGUAGUGGUGACUGAAACACUGCUACAACUAUUGAUUUAGAGAAAGAUAUUUUAGCUAUAUUUCGAAGCAAAUGCCUAUUAAAAACAUAAUAUUUAUACAGUUCAAAGUAUUCAGAUUUUAGCAUAUGGCAGAUUUUAGUUUAACCUUUACAUUUUCCUAACAUGUAUCAUUUGAUUGGAAGUAAUAUUUUGGAGUGACCGAUCCAGUCAAGUAUCCCAACUUAAUGUGAUAGAGAAUCUAUGAAGAAUGCUAAAGAUUAGUGUGAUUACAGAGAAUGACUACGUCAAUAACAUAUUCAAGUUGUAACAAAAUUUCUUGUGUAAUGGCGUAUUAUGCCCUAUGCAAAAUACAAAAGCAAUUAAAACAGUUUUUAUUUAGUUUAUUUUAUUUUUUCACAAUUUUCUGUCAAUACAAUAAAGCUUCUAAGGAUUAUUGUAUUGUAAGAAUCUCAUACCAUCUCAUACCUAACUCGGGCACAUCUUUAAACGAUAUCAGCGUAACUUGAUUAAUUGAUUUGUAUUCCUUAAAUUAAAGCCAAAUGGUCAACAGCUAUUUUAUGAACAGCGUUGGCUAAAAGGUAUUUAGAAAAAUGGGUAAAAUAAUAACAAAUAAAAUAGACUAACAAGCAGUGAUUUGAUGCAUGAUGUAUUUUAAUUUAUUUGUGAUCUCUAUUUGAAUGCCUUUCAGUUUUCUUGAAACUUCAAGCACUUCACAGAAAUGGAUUGUUAUUACUUUCUUUAGCUGAUUUGUUUAAGCAAUAUUAUGUGGGUUUUUAAAUUAUUGUUUUUAAUUUGUGGUAUAAUAAAGGCUUUUCAUUGCUUAGCAA